AUGAUUUUAUUCCAUGUGGAGGAUUACCAAUUGCAUAUUCUUCACGAGGUCCGAAAAAUGAUAAAAAAUUUCAAAAUGCGUGAUUUUUGGGGACUUUGGCACCCUGUAAAAGACAUUACAACAGUUUCAGUUGCAGUACCUGAUGCACCUGUUCAGUUCCUUAAUGAAAAUUAUAAAAGUUUACCACAAGAAUUGAAGAAAUGGAGUACGGCUGAUGUAGUUCGAUGGCUUGAUCAACGAGGUUUGGCUGAACAUUUUGCUGUGAUAUUUCAUGAUUCUUUAAAAGACAUAUCAAUUGAGAAUCGAGAAUCCCUAUUAUCAUCUAUUUAUGAAUUGCUAAAUCCUACUUCUAUUCAAGUAAGGGAAGAGGAACUGGAAAAAUUUUCUUCAAAUGUUGAUCGGGAAAAAUACUUAGCUGCAAUCCAUGUUGCUCAGUCAAAGGAUACGCACCUUCAUCUGGUGGAAGCAACAUCUCCUAGUGUUCCUUCAGCUAUGUCUACAUCAUCAUCAUGUUCAUCUCCUUUCAUUCGGCAUAUUGAAUGGCCCAACCAUGACAACGAUUCAGACUGUAUGCGUCAAAGUCACAUAUCACUGGAUGAGAGAGAUGUCACUGUUGAAUCUUGUUCCAUGUCUUCCAUAGUUAACAACUGGGGUGCUGCCAGUAUUUCACGGAAUGUCACACGUCAGGUAUCUCUCUAUGAACUACUCGGCCUUGAGCGACGAAGAGAAGUAUGUUGUAUACAAUUGUGCCAACCAGAAAAUUCUGAUUUUAAUUUUUCUGUGGAAACAACAGAUCAAGGAUAUAUUUUAGUUGAUGAUCCCAAAGAUCUGGAUUUAAACCAUGGAGACAGGAUCCUGGAAGUGAAUGGUGUUUAUAUUUGCAAUGAAAAUGACUUGAAGAAGGCAAUCAAACAUUCUACUUGUCUCAAUAUGGUUGUGGUACGUUCUGAGAAAAAUACUACAGUGGCUGAAAGUUCUCUGAAUCAACCCCAGAUAAAUGAAACCCCACCAGAAAGUAAGAAUCUGAAGAACCAGGUCUGUGAGUUGCGAUCAAAGGUAAGUUGA